AUGGCUGACGCCUUCGACUUCGACCCCGACAUGCAGCUUGUCGUUAAGGUCGUCCCAGAGGACCAGGUGGACCUCACUCCAGAAGAGCUGGAGAAGGAGGUCCCUCCACGGGUUCUCCAUCCUCAUGAUCCACACGCUCCCGACAAUACCGCCGAGUUUUCCUUCAAGGACAGAUCGUAUAAGGUUGAUACAGAAGUGGAUCACACAGCAUGGCAUCUUGCAGUGGACGGUGUAAGCAAUUGA